GAUGAAGUGAUCGUCCGGUCCGAGCCUCCGAACGCGAGACGCCUCAGCGGUGCUUUGGUGAGUGAAGAUGAGAGUCCUGGUCCUGCUGGUCCUUCUGUCUCUGGGCAGGUCCAGUCCACACGAGCCCAGGCCGGUCCUGGACCUGAUCCGGGACUAUGAGACUCUGAUGGCCGACCGGGGGCAGGAGCUGGACCCGGGGGAGGACAUGAUGGCCGACGACGAUGACGACGACGAUGAUGAUGAUGACGAUGACGACGACGAUGAUGAAGAUGAGGACUGUCCUUCUGGAUGUCGCUGUUCUCCUGGGGUGGUCCAGUGCUCGGACAAAGGUUUGAUCUCGGUUCCAGAGAAGAUUCCCCUGGACACGGUGAUGCUCGACCUCCAGAACAACGACAUCACCCAGGUCAAAGAGGACGACUUCAAAGGCCUGACAGCGCUUUACGGUUUGUUCCUGAACAACAACGCUCUGUCCAAGAUCCACCCUCGGGCCUUCAGGGACCUGCACCGCCUCAAGCUCCUGUACCUGUCCUACAACCACCUGACGGACCUGCCCCAGAACCUGCCCCCCAACCUGUCCGAGCUGCGCUUCCACGAGAACCACAUCCAGCGCAUCAAGAGGGACGCCUUCAAAGGACUACGGAGACUCAACGUGCUGGAGCUCGGGGCGAAUCCUCUGACCAACUCUGGACUGGAGCUCGGAGCUUUUAACGGGAUGUCCACCCUGUACCUCGGACUGUCUGAGACCAAACUCACCAGUGUCCCCAAAGAUUGUCCGUCGUCCAUGAACGAGAUCAACCUGGAUUAUAACCAGAUCACCAAGGUGGAGCUGGAGGACUUCCUCAGAUACAAGAGUCUGCAGAGACUGGGACUGGGCUUUAACCAGAUCAAGUCUGUGGAGAACGGGAGUCUGUCCAGUGUCCCGGACCUCAGAGUGAUUCACCUGGAUCACAACCGGCUCAAGAAGAUCCCCCCAGGACUGUCCUCCCUGCAGCACCUACAGGUGGUUUUUCUGCACAGCAACAAGAUCCGCAGCGUCGGGAUGAACGACUUCUGUCCAAUCAGAGACGAGGAUCCUCACAGACUCUACACGACCAUCAGCCUUUUCUCCAACCCCGUCAAGUACUGGGAGAUCAAACCCGGAACCUUCCGCUGCGCCGCCAGCCACAAGGCCGUCCACAUGCAGCACUACAGGAGAUAG